AGAAACUGCAAAUCAUGGCUACCUCAGCGGAUGAAUCAUAGUCGUCUAGGUUUCUGACCUUUUUAAAAUCAUUCCUGCGUACAACACUCUUCCACAUAGGACGGAAAUACCCAUUUUCUCUGGGAUUAAUUCAUGCAACAUCGUCUCGUGAAAUCACUCGUAUUCACGCGAGAUCUUGAAAUUUAAACAUGGCGGACGCACAGGCGAAAGAAAACACCGGUGCCACGGCAGAAAAUGUUGUCAGUAACGCCGACACUGGCGAUACUGACGGUCAAGUUGUAGCUCAGCAGGAGCAAGAUGGUCAGGCCGGCGCUCCUGCCCAGCAAGAGCCCCUGGAACAGCCACAGCAAAACACCUGGCAAGUGAUAAAGAAUGUCUUCUUCCGAAUCUUCGUCGUCUGGAUGAUUGCCAGCAUGUUCAAACGUCAGCCAGCCCAAGAGGGCUCGGACCAAGGAGGGGUCACCACCCGCAAGCCUGCCCACAACCUCUUCCCUCCUGGCACGAGGAUGGAUCUACGAGUGUACCUCUCAGAAAGUGAGCACUUCAAGGAGUUCAAUGACACCAGUAAGCUGUUCUGGCAGAAGAAGGGACUGACAUAUGGGGACUGGGACAGCGGGGUCGACAAAGACGGGUCAUUUAAAUAUGAAGCAGAAAUCACAGCAACAGAGCAUAUGAAAAAUAAUGGGUCAAUGUGGAUCCAUGUCUUUCUGACCAAGAGCGGCAAGUCACCUGACCCAACCCAGAAGAAGCUUUAUUCAAGAGCAUCUACCAUAUACAAGAAGAAGAUGCUGAACAGGUAUAAGAAGAAGAGAUACCUGAAGACCCAGAACCUUCUGACUGGUGCAACUGAGCUGACUCUGGAGGACCAAGCGAAAGCUGAAAAUUCCACAGUGGAGAUCCUGUCUCACUGGCACCCCAACAUGACCAUAAACCUGAUGGACGAUCACACUCCGUGGGUCAGGGGGUCCGUUCCAGCACCCCUGGAUGAGUUCAUAGACUUCGAGCCGCUGACAGGAGGCUACCUGCCUGUCCUGUACUUCAACGACUACUGGAACCUCAACAGGGACUUCCAACCAAUCAGUGCUGCCAAUGAGACCCUGCUGCUGAGCCUGACCUACAGCCCCAUUUCGCUGUUCCGCUGGCAGAUGUACGCAGCACAGAACAUGCGCUCCAAGUGGGCUAACGUGCUGGGGGAGGAUGUCAUGGAGAAUGAUGACGAUGACGACUCACUCAAGCAAGCCUUCCUGGAAACAAACCCAUACCUUUUGGGACUGACCAUCAUAGUGUCCUUGGUGCACAGUGUCUUUGAAUUCUUGGCGUUCAAGAAUGAUAUCCAGUUUUGGAACAGCCGUAAGUCUCUGGAAGGUCUGUCUGUACGGUCUGUGUUCUUCAACGUGUUCACGUCGCUGAUCGUGGUGCUGUAUGUCAUGGACAACGAAACCAACUUUGUUGUCCGAAUCAGCUGCAUGGUGGGGUUGGCCAUAGAGAUGUGGAAGAUCACCAAGGUAGUAACAGUCAAGCUUGACAGAGAGGAUCGAAUAUUAGGAGUCAUACCUCGUGUCAGACUGGAGGACAAGAGCACCUAUGUGGAAUCAUCCACUAAGCAGUAUGAUCAGCUGGCUUUCAAGUAUUUAGGAAUAGCAUUGUUUCCACUGCUGGGAUGCUAUGCUGUGUACUCUCUCAUGUACAACGAACACAAGGGCUGGUAUUCUUAUGUCCUCAACAUGAUCUAUGGAUUCUUACUAAUGUUUGGUUUUAUCAUGAUGACACCACAGCUGUUCAUCAACUACAAGCUGAAGUCAGUGGCCCACCUUCCGUGGCGCAUGCUGACCUACAAGGCUCUCAACACGUUCAUCGACGACCUGUUUGCAUUUGUUAUUCAGAUGCCCAUGAUGUAUCGCAUAGGCUGCUUCCGAGAUGACAUAGUCUUCUUCAUCUACCUGUACCAGCGGUACAUCUACCGUGUGGACCCCAAACGUGUGAACGAGUUUGGCACCACAGGCGAGGAUCACGAGGUACAGCCCAAUGGAAGUAUAGGGGCAACACCGACAGAGGGAGAACAGCCAGCCAUCCAGGACAAACCAGCCGAGGAGAAGAAAACAGACUAAAGACUGAAUUUGAAAUUCUAAUGAAAGUUUUUUCCAAGCAAGGUCUAGUAUUGUGUUACAAAUAGAUGCUGUUCUUUAGAAGCAGGGGCCAUUCUACUCUAGAUGAUAUGAUGUAGUAUUGUUAGGCACUUUGUCAACAAUGAAAGUCUGUCAGAUACACAUGACACCUACAUGUAUAUUAUGACACAAUUAGCUUAGAAUUAAAAAAAAAGAUAUGUACAAUGUAAUUCUUGUGUUGUAAACCCAAGUACAGUGAAAGUGCAACCCUAAGAAAAACCUCCUGCAGCUGUGAUAGCCAUUCCCUGUCCCUUUGUUCACCUUGUGUAAGAUGCCAAUCUGGUCCAGUUGUUUUAAACAUGUACAUGUGCAUAGUUAUGGAACCAGUUUUGUGUUCUAUAGGUAGAAUCUACCAUAUCCAAAGUGGCUGUAGUAUUCAGCCCUGAGUGAUUCCCCUGACUGUACACAUGGUCAUUAUCUCUAUUCACACUGAAAGCCAGCAAUAAUGUGCAUGGCAGUAUUUCUAUAGCACAUGGAGAGAGGUGCUGUGUGGGGUUGCUGGGUAUAAAGAUGUAUGCAUUCCAUUCACUGCAAUGAUAACAAACUUGUGAUCAAUCAGACUUGAGUUAAUGAGAAGGUCUUUAGUUUCACACUGAGGUUGUUGGAUCAUUUGGACACACGGAGAGAAAAAAAAUCAAUUUUCACAUACCGGGGUAUUGCAUAAGAUUGUUUGAAAUACACUUCUUUAGUUUGAUAUUUUCUAGUCAUCACUGUUUUCUUGUUCUCUACAAUAGUAAAUGACAGAAUCGGUGGGAAAACAUCGUGUACAGCUUGACUUUAAUCACUGAUCAUUGUACAGCUUUCCUUCUGGAGUUCCCCCAUGUUCCCUGUGAUAUUUGAGGUUACCGGUACUGUGCAUUCCUACCUCUGGCCAUGUCACUUUGAGUUUCGUCUUAUGAUGCUACAUGUAUUAGUUUAAAAGGAAACAAGUGUUGUUUGUCAUACUAGUUAUGUAAUUAUGAGGAGAUGCAGUUGUCUCAUAUUAUUGGCACAGACAGAAUGUCCCGGUUGCUAUGGUGUUUUAAGUUGCCCUAGCAAACACUACAAGAUAAGUGUAGUGCAUCAUUAUCUUAGAACUUUUUAGCAAAUGGAAGGUAAAACUAAAUAAUUGAAGGCCAAUGAAGAUUAACUUGCUGUUGUAAUUUAUAAGGUGGGUUUAUGUCAGGAAUUGUAUUGGAGUAUUUUAUCAGGAUCUACAAUGAAAUAAACCACACCACUAUUAAUGGAAA